AUGUCGUCCGAGGAGGAACGCCAGCAGGCCCUCGAUGCCUACCGAUCCGAGCUCCUCAAGUCGAGGGAGCUCGAGACGAAGUUGAAGGACUUGCGCCUGGAGAUUAGGGAACUACAGAAGGAGUUUGACCGCACCGAAGACUCCAUCAAGGCACUGCAAAGUGUAGGCCAGAUUAUCGGUGAAGUCCUCAAGCAGCUACCAGAUGAGCGAUUCAUCGUCAAGGCCUCCUCUGGGCCGCGGUACGUGGUCGGCUGCCGUACGAAGCUCGACAAGGAGAAGCUGAAGCAAGGAACACGCGUCGCCCUCGACAUGACAACACUCACCAUCAUGCGCAUGCUCCCUCGCGAAGUCGACCCUCUCGUCUAUAACAUGUCCCUCGAGGAUCCCGGCCAGGUCAACUUUGCCGGUAUUGGUGGCCUGAACGAUCAGAUUCGCGAACUCCGCGACCCCCGAAAGGGUGUCCUCCUGUACGGCCCCCCUGGUACCGGCAAGACCCUUCUGGCGCGUGCUGUUGCAUCUAGUCUCGAGACAAACUUCCUGAAGAUCGUUUCCUCUGCCAUCGUCGACAAGUACAUCGGAGAGUCAGCCCGUUUGAUUCGAGAAAUGUUCGGCUACGCAAAGGAGCACGAACCCUGCAUCAUCUUCAUGGACGAAAUUGACGCCAUUGGUGGUCGAAGAUUCUCUGAGGGUACCAGUGCGGAUCGUGAAAUCCAGCGGACGCUCAUGGAGCUGCUCAACCAACUCGACGGUUUCGAUUACCUUGGCAAGACGAAGAUCAUCAUGGCCACCAACCGACCCGAUACCCUUGACCCCGCUCUUCUCCGUGCCGGCCGUCUCGAUCGUAAGAUUGAGAUUCCUCUGCCUAACGAGGUUGGGCGCCUGGAGAUUCUCAAGAUCCAUGCUGCCGGUGUCAUCACCGAUGGCGAGAUUGAUUUUGAGAGCGUAGUCAAGAUGAGCGAUGGCCUGAACGGUGCUGAUCUGCGCAAUGUUGUCACAGAAGCUGGCCUCUUCGCUAUCAAGGACUACCGUGAUGCCAUCAGCCAAGACGAUUUCAACAAGGCCGUUCGCAAGGUGGCCGAAUCGAAGAAGCUCGAGGGCAAGCUUGAGUACCAGAAGCUCUAGACUGGGACGACGCAAGUUAGUCAUCUCGAAGGACCAGGGCUUGUAAAGCUCAUAGCUGUAACACGGUCACAAUACCCAUCAUCACAACCGGGACCUCCAGCGGGGAUGUGUUGGCUCGGGCAGGGGAUAUGUAGCGAUUGCUGGCGCAGCGAGGUUCGGCGACAGUGCGCUUACCACUAGACAUCUCACGUUAUACCUUCUCUGGGCGGUCGGACCCGAAUAUACUGGGUUUGGUGCACUGGAAAAGGAAAUACAACGGGCUGAACAAGCCGAAGUUGAUUUUGUCG